CACAGACACAGGCUCUGACACACCACAUCCCUGUGCUUCUCCGCUGCGUUCACAUGCGUCCCCGCGUUGCGCUGGCUGCGCCAAGAUGAGCGUGGUCGCCCCGGUACCAUCUCACCGCCUGAGUGGGAGGGAGUGAGAGAGCGCAAGAGAAAGAGAGAGAGAGAGAGAGAGAGAGAGAGAGAGAGAGAGAGAGAUUGUGUGUCUUUCCUCUCUCAAACCCAAUCUUACCUUCUCCUGGAAGAGACCGCAACGAAGCCGUUUGUUUCGGCAUCGUUCUUUUUUUCCCACCCCUCCUCCUCCUCCCGUUCUUCCUGCAUCCCUCCCGUUAUUGUCGGUCUCCCGGUUUUCAGAGACCGGUCGUGAUUUUGUGGAAAUAAUUUUUUUGUAUAUUUUUCCCUGCUGGGUGUUGGUAGCGCGCAAUUGGUGCGCGCUUCUAAAAAUUCCGGCGAAUGGUGGAUUUGGCAAACAUGGAGACGGUGGAGAAGGAAUGCGGGGCCCUCGGUGGUCUGUUCCAGGCGAUUGUCAACGACAUGAAGUGCUCCUAUCCUGUGUGGGAGGACUUCAGCGCCAAGGCCACCAAGCUGCAUUCCCAACUCCGAACCACUGUGUUGGCUGCCGUGGCCUUCCUUGAUGCCUUUCAGAAGGUGGCAGACAUGGCUACCAACACCAGAGGGGCAACCAGAGAUAUCGGAUCAGCUCUGACCAGGAUGUGCAUGAGGCAUCGCAGCAUUGAGGCCAAACUUCGUCAGUUCACCAAUGCUUUGAUGGAGAGUCUUAUCACUCCUCUUCAGGACAAGAUUGAGGACUGGAAAAAGACAGCCAACCAGCUGGAUAAGGAUCACGCCAAAGAGUACAAGAGGUCACGUCACGAGAUCAAGAAGAAAUCAUCUGACACCAUGAAACUGCAGAAGAAAGCUCGUAAAGAGAUGCAGGGGCGAGGGGACCUGCAGCCACAGCUCGACAGUGCCAUGCAGGAUGUGACCGACAUGUGCCUGCUGAUGGAGGAGACUGAGAAGCAGGCGGUGCGCCGUGCCCUGGUGGAGGAGAGGGGUCGCUUCUGCACCUUCAUUGGUUUCCUUCAGCCAGUUGUGAAUGGAGAGAUUGCUAUGCUGGGCGAGAUCACCCAUCUCCAGGCCAUCAUCGAUGACCUCACUGUGCUGACAACUGAUCCGCACAAACUGCCCCCUGCCAGUGAACAGGUGAUUAAAGAUCUAAAGGGGUCCGAUUACAGCUGGUCCUAUCAGACCCCUCCGUCAUCCCCAAGCAGCUCUGGCUCACGCAAGAGCAGCAUGUGCAGCAGUGUAAACAGCACCCACAGUAGUGCCUCCCGUUCGUCAGGGGGAGGUGGUAGUGGUGGUGUUGGUGGCGGAGGCUCCUUGCCCCACUCGCCCACCUCAUCAUCCUCCUCCUCCUGUCGCUACCGCAGCAGCCUGCCGCACCAGCCUCCACCACCGGGGGGCAUUGCUGCCCACCGCCUCAGCAGUGUCUCCUCACAUGAUUCGGGCUUCGUGUCCCAGGAUGCCAACAUCUACUCCAAGCCACCCUCACCUAUGCCCUCAGACAUCACUAGUCAGAAAUCAUCCAGCUCAGCAUCAUCAGAGGCCUCAGAAACAUGCCAGUCAGUCAGUGAAUGCAGCUCCCCCACCACUGACUGGUCCAAAGCAGGUCAGUAUGAGCAGCCUGUGGCUGCAGCGGCAGUCCAGCGAAGAAGGGAACCUCUUGAUAGGCUGAGGGAGAGUGAGGCAUCACCGGGCUCCCAGGGAUAUGCUGGGCCAUCACAUCCUGAUGAUGGGCAGAGAGCCAGGAUGACGCCAGCUAACAUCGCUGCCAAGCAUGGAGAGGAGGUUUCUCCAGCAGCCAGUGACCUGGCCAUGGUGCUUACCAGGGGACUCAGCAUGGAGCAGCAGAAGAGCAACAGAGACUCCCUGCAGUACUCCAGUGGAUAUAGCACAGAGACCACAACCCCAUCCUGCUCAGAGGACACAAUUCCUUCACAAGGUUCAGAUUAUGACUGCUACUCAGUGAAUGGUGAUGCCGAAGGUCCAGAUGGACAGACAGAGUUUGACAAGUCCUCCACAAUUCCUCGCCACUCUAAUAUUGCCCAGAACUACAGGCGAAUGAUCCAGACCAAGAGGCCAGCCAGCACAGCUGGCCUGCCCACUGGCGUUCUUGGUCCAGGGGCUCAUGGGAUACCAGGGCAGCCCGGUGGAGCUGGUGGAGGUGGAGCAGGGACUCCAGGGACUGCCACCAUCCGCCGAACCCCCUCUACCAAACCUGGCGUGAGGCGCACGUUAUCCAGUGCGGGGCCCAUCCCCAUUCGACCACCCAUCGUGCCUGUCAAAACACCCACUGUCCCUGGAGACUCACAUUCACCUGGUGCAGGUGGAGGGCACGCUGGUGGCGUACCUGUCCGUGUGGGGAGUGAGGAAUGUGUGUUCUUCACUGGAGCUGAGGAUUCACAGGGAGCGCUUGAUUAUGUGAAGGCAUCACCAAAGCGCCUCAGCCUGCCUAACACCGCCUGGGGAUCAGGGGCUGCGUUAGAGGUCUAUGCUCAGCAGCAUGGGGGCCUUGCAAUAGGAACAGGCUCGGGCACUGGAUCAGAGGAAGAUCAGAUGAUCGCAGCCAAUCGGCACAGCCUAGUAGAGAAGAUUGGCGAGCUGGUAGCUAGUGCACACGCCCUUGGUGAGGGCCAGUUUCCCUUCCCUGCCCUCCCUGAUGACCCAGCCCCACCACCAACUGGCCCCACUGACACUCAGACAGGGACCGAAGGGGCAGAAGGGUCUGGUGACAUGCUGACCACCAUCAGGAGAGGAGUCCGUCUUCGCAAAACCGUCUCCAAUGACCGCUCAGCUCCCCGUAUAUUGUGAUCGGAGGAACAGCAGAAAGAGGAUGAUGCUUGUCAACCGAGAGGGAGUCAGGUGUUGGUGUGAUGCAACCCAACCACCUAGUACAUACACAAAAACUUAACCAUGUAGGGAAAGCUAUAAUAUAACAGAAGACGAAUGAAAGCAGAAACAUACACAAAAAAAAGUUUAAAGACACCAUUAGAGUAAUGAUAUAUAAUAUAAUGAUAAUAAUAACAAUAAUAAUGUUAACCCAUGCUGACAGUUAAAAGUUAAAUGCUGAACAUUGACAGGCUCCUAGCAGGCCACUAUAACUAGUGUGUGUUGGACGCAUGUUUGUCUUCUAUACACCUUCACCCAGGGAAGGAAAGACUCACAGGACAAAAAAAAAAAAAAAACAGAUAUGAUUUUUUAAAAAAGAGGCAAAGAAAGAGAGAAACGCUGGGUUCUGUUCUGUUUUGCCAACUUACACCUUUCCCUAUCCUCUUCUCCAACUAACCCGACUGUCUGAUCCCAGAUGAAAGACUGAUGACUGAACGAGGGGCUGGUGUGGACGAGAGAGAGAGGGGACUCAGAGUGCCAUGUGAGCAGCUGGGUUUGAACCCAAGCUGUCUCAGCAGCAACACACUGUACUUAUUAGCCCAUUGAACUGAAGCUUUGGUAUUAGUACGGGGAGCUAACAAGCCAGAGGGCCUCUCUGGUUCAUCCUAAUGAAAAGAAUCUUGGAAAAAAGGAAAUAUCCACUGUUGGCAUUGAACCGUGCUAGUGCCCCCUUCCCCCCUCUCUCGCUCUCUGCGUAGUGAAUGCGUGCAUUCAUGGGUGUGCAUGUGGGCAAAUGUAAAACAUGAGUGUGUGUCUACGUGUGACUAAUUGUGUGUAUGUGUGCGAGGAGGGUGGGUAGAGCUCUGCUGCAGGACAGCUGGUUACCCAAUGAGGGCAGGGCUUUUUCUCCUGUGUGUUGUGCGUGUAUUUUCUUGUUUAUAUUGUGACGUCAUUUACCUUGUUACCGCUGUACGAGAAGUUACAAGACGUACUCCAGGCGUAUAGAUAUAUUCAUAUAUAUUUUCUAGAACCAGAGAGAAAAUGUUAAAUCAGAAAUGGAGCAAUAAAUGUGUUUUAUUUUCUUGUUUCGAAGAAGCGGCUCGAUGGAGGAUUGUAGAUUCUCCUUUGUCACAUUCAGGCAAUCAUCAGGAAUGCUAAAUUACACAUCGACUGUGAAUUCAUGCCUAGCCGGUUUUGGCGUGUGUCUCUCUCUGUCCCUGUCUCUUUCUGGUGAAUGAAAUGGAUUACAAAAGUCUGGGGGGGGGGAAGGAAAACUGUAAGCACUUUGAUAGGGGAUAGGUAAUAUGUACAAUAGCCAGUAGGUGUUGUUUUAGUCAUACUGUAUGAUAGGGAGUGUGAAAGUGAGCGAGAUGGUAUCCAGGGGGGAAUUAUUUAAUUUGUGAAAGAAGAAGCAGAAGAAGACAGGGAGGGACAAAGAGCAAGUGAGAAAGACUGGUUGAUUUGGGAGAUUGGUCGAAUGAGAUGGGAUAAGAAAGUGUCAGGGCCAUACAAGCUAUUGCUUGUUGUGGAUCGUGAAGAGCACUGAAGUUUUUAAUGCUGUGGCUGCACUGGCAUUUAAAGGACUGGUCACAUAAUGAAAAAAAAGCACAGUAUAGACAGGUCAGACUGUAUAAAGCAGAUCCAUACUUUCCUGCCAGUUUUAUUUUUCUGUCACUGAAACUUCUGCCUCAUAGCAUCAGAGGGGAAUGUAGGUUUGAUUGAGUUUCUACUGUGGACACAGACCUUUAAAAAACCUAAUAAAAACAGCUUUUCAGAAUAAAACUUUUUCCACUGUGAGUUUAACAGUUGAAAUUCGGUUUUCCUGUAUUAUGUUAUUGUAGAGAGGCGAAAAUGUCAAAAAUUGGGCCAAUACUAUCAAAACUAUAAACACACCUGUGGUCGAGAACAAAAUCAAACACUUUUACUUGGAUAUUUGCCUCUUAAUACUUAACCAGUAUCAAAAAUUAGGGCUGUAUUUUUCACUGUCCAAAUCUUCAAUGACAGCUGCUUAUCUAAAAAAUAUCGUCUCACCUGUAAAUAUUGUGUCUUUUUUUACAUUGUGGCCACACAAAGUAAAGCCUUGAACAAAGCUGAACAAUACUCUUUUGCCUUAGAUUUACUCUGUAUGUUGUCCUUUCUAAAUAAAACAAAGAUUUUAAUCAAACAGCAUAGCACACAUAGCACAGAUGUAAUAAAACACUCGGAGACAUGUCCAGCUUGUAGCUGACAAUUUUUGACAUUAGUUCUUAGUUCUUUAUUUUGGUAGAGAGUGAGGGAUUAUUGUUUGAAACUAAACAAUAGCAUUAAAAUUGCUAUUCAACAAUUUGGAGGUCUACAUGUUUAUAGUCUUGACAGAUCAAGAGACUUGAGAUCAUUUUCAACUCUUCAAAUAAGAGACAGGAUGAAGUUGCCUAGUGCAGGGGGAGUAAAUUUGUCAAAGUGGUUAUUAUGCGUAAAAGUUUUCUUAGCUGCCCGCAAGUUCCUGAAAGUUUUGCUGUUGCCCAAGUCUUCGAUUGAAAGUUGGACUUCUGCACAGGGUGUAAGGUGAGACUGCCUUUGAAGCUAUUGAAAGCCACCAUUCUCAAAUCCAGUACAAGUACUGGAGGACUGUAACAAGUAAUGUAAUCUAACCUAAAUUUUUCAGAUUCUUUGGCCAGCUGGUUUUAAAUUGGCUCAAUCACAUGCAACAUAAUUAUUUAGCCCCACAUUUAUUCAGUCACAUAAAAUGAAUGUAUUCCCAGCAGUGAGACACAACGCUGGUGUCUGAACACAAAAAGGCCGCCCCAGUUCAGCUCAGGAUAUGGCUGUGUGAAAGAAACUUUUAUGAACAUUAAGAUGCAAGAAAUGGUGAAGCCGGCUCGCUGAUGACAAAGACGUGGGAAUAUUUAACUUUGCAAGUUGACAGAGAGGAAAAGAUGUGUGAAAUGAGCAUUUCACUGCCUGUUCAUACAAUAUGUACUGUAUGUGCUGUACUUGUUAAAGAGAAUCAGGCGCACAGAUUUGGUAUAAAGGUUUGCUAGAAAAUAUUACAUGGAAUAUUUAGUUGUUUUUUUUUCUUCUACAGUACUGUUUGAAUGUUUUGUCUUAACUUUAAUUAAUGUAAAAAAAGAAAAAAAGAAAAAACUCCAGUUGUAACACAAACUACUAAGCUGUGUAACAUACGGAUGCAGGACGUGUGGGCCGAGAGUGAGUGUGUCCUUGUUUGGCUGUUGAUCUUUAGGCUAGUGAACUCUUCAUCAACAUGUCUGUAUGCUCUUUUAGCAGUGACCUGAACAUAGCCUGCGACAUCCACUCUCCUAUAUACUCUUUUUGUCAACUUAUUUUAUUUAUUUUUUUUGCCUUGAAUAGAAAAUUGUUCCAGGCACAUUUGUGGCUUCUUUAGAAUGAUUUAAUAUAAAGAGUUGGAGAACAGAUGUUUUUAACAUAGGCCCCUCUGCAAGCACACCAUUUUUUUUUGUUGAAGUUUGCAACAGUGCAUCAAAUAGGGGAUGUUUUAAUGUUCUGUCAACAGCAAACUGUGCAUUUGUUGUUACAUGUGGAUGCUGUGUGAUAAAUCUGACUCUGAAUCUUAGAAGUUGAAAGGGGGGAAAAAAAACAUGUUCUGAGUGAGAAAAGUGAAAAAGAGUUUCUCCUAAACCACCUGUCAAGGUCACCAUGUCCAUGAAUCUGUAUACCUGAAUGUAUGACAUGGUGAAGGAUGGCAUCCAACUGUGUCUGAUUUGCUUAAACUAUUGCAAUGUCAGAGCAUUGUUCCUGUACAACUGGGUGAUAUUUCCUCUUUAAACAACAGGAAAGCAAUACAGGGGUAGUGCAUGUAUGUGCAUUCACAAUCAUGAUCCACUGUGGGUAUGAUAAAGGAGAAUACCAUUGUUUUGUAGACUAGGAUACUUGUUUUGUCCACCUUAAAGUUAUUUCACACUACACAGCUCUAAUGGUGUUAUUUGGAGUUCAGAUAUCUUUAAAGAGACAGAAUAAAUAAUACACACUGGAGAAGAAAAUGGUGUAUCAUCCUCACUGACUUUGAAAAUUUACCUUGCCUAAAAGCUGCUGUGAGGUGUCAUGCACCACCAAAUGGUUUAAUAAGCUGCCAAACCAAAACACUGAGCCAUUCAAAUGGUAAAACUGGGUGUUAGUGUUGGGUAGUAUGUUUAAUUUUUCAGGUGGUUACGAUGAGUCCAACAACUGGGUACUGUAGAUAUAUUUGCAGAAUUUUGCAGCAGAACCCAUAUCGCCUAACUCCAAAAUGGAGAUCGGAACCAAGACUUCCAUAUUAAGAUUUAUUUAUUGUCAGUAUAUUUGUCUAAUUAUCCAACCCUGCUAGAUAAAAGUAAUAAAAUGUGAGGCGUUAGGAAGAAUGGGAAAACUCUGGGAUCCUGAAACUCAGUGUGCAGCAUGACAUUACUGUAGGCAUUAACCUAAUAAAGCUAUGCAAGGCUUGGUCACUCAGUAGGAAAAUUUACAAUUUCAUUAGGAUUAUUAAUUCAGCUAUCUCGAGGCACUUUAUAUUACAUGCUAUAUAUAAUGUAAAGAUUCUAUUAUAGGGGGAAAAAAACUAGCAAUCCAAAGAUUCCUUACGAGGAGGCACUUGGCAGCAGUAGGACAUUUAAAAACUCCCUUUUAAAAGAAGAAAACUCCAACAGAACCAGGCUCCUUUUGUUUAGUGUUUGACAAGAUACUACUUCCUGUAAUGUUCUAAAAGUUUCCCAGAGUUGUGAGAAGCCUAGCCAAGAUUCAAGAAGGUUUAUUCUGUAAUACCAUGUUUUUACAUGGUGUUUACAGACAUACACAGGCUGAAACAAAAUGUUGUUGUGUUGUGCAAUAAUCAGCAAACAAUAAAAAUACAGUAUAACAACCAAGCUGCAGCUUGAUGCGACACUCAGCAAACUCAGGCAUAAACAAUCACACUCAUCCAACUAGCAGCAGUCCUCUCACGGAGAGGGAUUGAAUAAGAUCAGCUAAGUGUGUGUAAAGUCCCAGAUUAAUAGAAAACUUUGCCACUGAAAAAGGUUCUAGUCUAGCACCAGACUUAAUCGCUUUCUGAGAAACGGAGCCCUAGAGCCAUGAAAUAUUCUAAAGUCCUGCAAAAGUUGCAUGUUGAGGCUAUGAUUGUUUUCUUCUCCAGUGGGUGUGAUUUUCUGAGUAUGAGAAGCUGACUUCAGUCUUCAUAGCUACACAUGUCUCCCUGAGUCUGAAGAUUUAAGUGCUGCAUAUUUAUUGAAUGAAAUGAAAACUAAGGAAUAAACUGCCAGUUAUCUACAGGAAGUUAUUCCUUUAAUAAAGUUUUAAUAAUGCCCUGGAGAACAAGCACUCAAAUUAUAAAUAACAACUUGGGAUCAGACCAGUAUUCUAAAACCUCUGAGUUUUUCAAAUUGAAUGAGAUCACGGCAGCCUAAAGGCACACAGUAAAAGGUUGAAUGGUUAAGAUGACUAAAAGACACAACACUGCUAUUUUCCUUUAAAAUACCCAGUUUACAGCACAAGAAAUAUCAUACUAAAUAAUAAUGUUUUUAAAAUUCUAAAUUAACUGUGUAACUAACUGAACAAGCUGGAAUAACUGUGCUACAGUGUAAGUUUACGAGUGUAUGUGUUGUUCAGUGUGGGCCCACCUUCAAACGGAGUGGCUGCUGCAGAAACAUACAAAGGCACAUAGACACACAUGCAUGCAGGCAUGCGCGCAUAGAUGGGAACACUUGUGGACAUAUUAGAAACAGGACUAACAUAUAGAACAAUCUCCUCUUCUGUUAAUUUCAUAAUUUGGCUCAGUCAAUGAUAUUACCACAGUUUACUUUAUAUUAGCUUUCUUGUUUUCCAUCAAGGUUAAUGUGCAAGCUUCUUUAGUAAUGCACACACUUAAAAACAUGCACAGUACUUAAAAAUACUGUGUAUACUUAAAAUACUGCACAACAAGCCCUAAAAACUAGAAAGCUAUAUACUUUUCAAUGAUUAGCACGAGGCUGCAUAGAGCAUGUGAAAGGACUAGUUUAACAUUUUGGAAAAUACUUACUUUCACUUUUGGUGAGUGUGUGCAUUAAAGAAUAAUUCAUAGCCAACAGAUGGUAAUUUUAGCAUGGCAAGGUUUGGAAGAUGUAGGAAACCCAACCCCUCCAAACUGAAACAUUCCACCUACCUUUAUACCUGUAGUUUACUUAGUAAUACACUUUUGUGUUUAAUCUGAAAAUGUAAAUUAUACAAAGUAAGAGGUUAACUGGCAAGUGUUGUUCCCACAGUGAAUGGCUCACACUGACAAGAGAAUAAAGAAAUAAGCUCGAAAAUUUCCAAAAUGUUAAGCGGUUGCUUUAACUUUUAAUGAAAACAUGAUUUUUUUUAAUUUUUUUUUUUGGAUUAUGUAACUGGAGAUGGACUGAGCUGAAAAUUCCUAAUACCAUAAUUGUCUGAACAGCCUGAAGGUAUAUGAAAGCUACCAGUUAGCCAUGCUAAUCGUAUUUCGCCAAGUGGAAAAAGCAAAAGAGAACUGAAUUUAAAUGUUCCUUUAUUCCCAGACAUUUAAACUUGUGUAUCCCCAUCUUCUCUCCCUUUCCCCUAUUGCCAUUCAACUUUAAUCCACUUUCCUCAAUCAGUACACACAGGGAUAAUGUGUGGCUGACAAAUCAGAAAACAACACUUGUCAAGAUGGGAGCCCCGUUGGCAUUACUCUGUCUCUCUGUGCCUCGCAGCCCAUCAAAGCUAAUGAAAAAUAAUUUUGAUGACCAUAGUCCACAGUGAAUACACACUACGCUCAGUUUAUUAUCUUUCUGUCUUUCCCUUCACCCUCUUCCCUCCCCCUCCUUCUGUGUCUGAUUACUGUAUGUCAGGAUGCAUGUGUGGAUCCAGUGUGUCAUAAUGGCUAAUGGAUGCUAUCAUUUUGGGACCUGGGUGUUUUGUUCAAAAUGCUGGAAUCAUUAGGUAGGUUAAACUUUUCCCUAGCGUGCUCAUUAAUAUCUGCUGGUCUCAAGGCAAGCAGAUGGAUCUCUAACACCGUCUCAGUGCUAGAUUACAUUUUAAUUAAUUUUGAUCAGGCUUUUUACGGCAUCUUCCUGACAUCACCUCAAAGGCGUUCAUGUUACUUGGUUUCUCAGUGAGCUUUUGUCAAAGACACCAUGUGAGCAUUUUAAACUAACAGUACAAGGUCAGUUAGGGAGACCACCAAAAUACCAUAUGUAAAUAAAUAAAAUAUAUUGCAGUUCAAUUGUGAAUUGAUUUCCAUUGUGGCAAGGAGUGACAAAGCAUAAGAGUAAAAAAGGGUAGAAUAUAAAAAACCUGAACAACAUACAGGAAAAGGUUAAAACACUAACUGACCUUAGGAGCAAGAAAAGCCACACCAACUACAGCUGUAACACCAAUUUGUUAAGCGUGGUCUUGUAACCCAAAUUUAACUGAAGGUUGAUUUCAAGAGGAAACAGUUCUUCUCUGAUUUACUUUAAGUAGAUGAUACAUGUUAGCUAGCUGCCUAGCAAUUUGUCUUUUGCAAGCUAUCAUUAGCUGAUGUCAUCCAGACAAAAGAUGGCUUAAAGCAGGUUUGGCUUUUUUAACCCGAGUCGUUCGAACAGAAAUCUGUCCACAGGCUGAGAGUCUCAUUUCUAGGGAAGGAUUGUUUACAUCAUUUAAUACAUGAAAAACAACAACAUUGUCUACUUUUAACUAAGCAUUCGGUAUCGCCAAUUUCACAUGUUCUGUUUUUGAUUGGCAUGGCUCAGGAGACAACACUACUAAAUUGAUAUCUUGCAUAAAAGUCAUUUUUCUAUCAAAAUUGCUGCACAUGUAAUCAGCUUUUUUCCAACUGCUGUCUGAAUUAUUUCUUCUGAAGCCAUUUUACAUCACUGUUAUAGAGACUGGAGAAGAUGCAGCAGUCAGCAUCCUGUCAUUUUACUGUUAGUGCAACAUAAUCAAAUUAAAAUUAGAGCAGAACAGAAGUUCAAACUGCAUGUUGACGACUGAUGAUGAAACUUAAGGCACGGCCAACUUCUCUCAGCCGGUAAACUUCAUGACCCGAUACAUAUCCCUUUCCCUAGUUACGGAGAUUUAUAGGCGGUUGGAAGACUUCCACUGUGAGCAUUUGCUCGCAGCAUGAAAACAAUGUUAGAAAUCUGUAUGGAAAUAACUUCCCUUUAAAUGUUGUAUACUUACAUAAUAUGCUACACAAGAUUUAAAAAUGUCUUCAUUAGAAAUACCCCAGUCAAAAUGAACAUAAUGUUCUUGAUUGUUGACUUGAUCUAAGUAAGGAAACCACAAUGCUGGCCAUUGAAGAACAGAUUGUUUUAUAUUUUUGAUCAGACAAAAAAAAGUUUUGAGUUGCUCUAUAUACAACCCACUCGUUUAGCCAUCUGCCCAAGUUAUAUUGAACUAUGUACUUGUGUAUGUGUGUCUGUAUGAGUGUGAUUAUGUGUGUGGUACAAGGAGAGAUGGUUAAAACCCCUACUGUUCCUCCCUUCAACCUCCCACACACAAUCUGUCAGUCUUUCCUGCUGUCUAAUACGGAAGGUAUCCACAUUACUACACACACACACACACACACACACACACACACACGCACAUAUACACACUGGUCUGAAGCAAACAUGACUAAGGUUGAUUCUCAGAAGCCACAUGAGGGUACCUUGAAGUCCUCUAUGAGAUCCUGAUGUAACACAUUGCAACCUCUUGUCAUACAGCCAUGCAGAACAGAGUGGCCGAAGUGGCCUCCCGGUGCCACUGUCACUGCAACUAAAUUGAAUGUCUUGGUGUCUAUACUCCAGUUCCAGUAGUGUCUCUUGCUCGCUUGCUCUCUCUCUCGACAGCCGACAUCUGAACUCUCAAUGAAAUCUCUACAAAAUUCACAGCUGAGGCAUUUUCUGAGGGGCUUUUUUUUUUCCCAAAUAAUAACAUUGUGAGAGAGUCAACACCUGCUUCUUCUUUCUGUACAAACCAGUCUUUUAGCUCCUCUUUUUCCUCCCGAGUAGCCCUGCAGGCACUGUGGUCUUGUCUUUCUCUCUUCUCACGCCCCCUCACUUCCGCUUUUUUUCCUUUAAUUUAUUGUGAAUUGAUUUCUAAGUUUGGUUCGCCUCUGUCGCUGAAGGUGAAGAUUUCUUUUCUGUCUUCCUUUUUGUAAGAUUGACCCUUUUUUUGUUAACUUUAGUCACUGCUAAUGUAACAAAACGCACUGUGAUGAUUCCAGUAUUAAUAAAAGUUGUACUUAAACUGUG